UCAUUUUGUUGCUUUUUUUCCAUUUUGCAUCCCGCUUCCCCGCAGUUUGGAUGGUUAUCGGCGCAUUAAGGCUUUUUUAUGCUCCAGUAGUUGCGAUGUAAAGUUGCCACAUGACGCGCACUGGUUCCCUGCUGUUGGAUGAUUUUACUCGAGGAUAAGACGCAUUCAAGACCUUUCAAGAUCUACUCACGAGGCAGUAGCAACAACAGCUGCAGAUGUACCGGAGAGCAGCAAUGGUCAAGUCAGCGAGAACCGCAGUGGAGCCGCACUGAGGCGCAGCAGCCAACCAGCCUCCUCGUAUCUGGGGACGUCUCCAGCAGUUUAAGGGGUGUGGGAAGCUGAGGAGUGGAAAAUUUCCCCCCCAACCCUGAAUGCCUGCUCAGUCCGACUAACCAGCGUUCCGGCACACGAUUCCUUCUCCUCCUCCUCCUCCUCCUCCUCUUCUUCCUUCGCCAACUCCUCCUCCUCUUUCCAAAAUGACCGUGGUAGCAGGAGACAACAUGGAUGAGACCUCGGCUGUCCCAGGCCACCCUCAAGACACCUACCCCCCAGACCACAACGACCACGAGUGCUGUGAGAGGGUGGUCAUCAACAUCGCCGGUCUUCGGUUUGAGACGCAGCUGAAAACUCUCUCCCAGUUUCCAGAGACGUUGCUGGGGAACCCCAAAAAGCGAAUGCGGUACUUUGACCCCCUCAGAAACGAGUACUUCUUCGACAGAAACCGCCCAAGCUUCGACGCCAUCCUGUACUAUUACCAGUCCGGGGGUCGACUGAGAAGACCAGUGAACGUGCCUUUGGAUAUGUUCUCUGAAGAAAUCAAGUUCUACGAGCUGGGAGUGGACGCCAUGGAGAAGUUUCGUGAGGAUGAGGGCUUCAUCAGGGAGGAAGAGCGUCCUUUGCCGGAGAGGGAGUUCCAGCGUCAGAUCUGGCUCCUCUUUGAGCACCCAGAAAGCUCAGGCACCGCCAGAGGGAUCGCCAUCGUUUCUGUGAUGGUGAUCCUGAUUUCCAUAGUCAUAUUUUGUUUAGAGACUUUACCACAGCUGAAAGAAGACCCAGCGGGUCGAAUGGAACGAGUGGGAAACAUAACUAUUUAUUACAAGCCAAAUAUCCUGACUGACCCCUUCUUUGUCAUUGAGACUCUCUGUAUUAUCUGGUUCUCCUUUGAGUUGAUAGUACGCUUUCUGGCCUGCCCAAGCAAACCGGCAUUCUUCAAGAACAUGAUGAACAUGAUUGACAUAGUGGCCAUCAUCCCUUACUUUAUCACGCUCGGCACCGAGCUGGCUGAAGACCCAGAAAGCGAGGGGGUGGGGGAGCAGGCAACAUCUCUGGCCAUACUCAGGGUGAUCCGACUGGUCAGGGUGUUCAGGAUCUUCAAGCUGUCACGACACUCCAAAGGACUUCAGAUUUUGGGGCAGACCCUCAAGGCCAGCAUGCGAGAGCUGGGAUUGUUGAUCUUCUUUCUGUUCAUUGGAGUCAUCCUCUUCUCCAGCGCUGUCUACUUUGCUGAGGCAGAGGAGCAAGGAUCCUACUUCACCAGCAUCCCAGAUGCAUUUUGGUGGGCCGUUGUGUCCAUGACAACUGUGGGCUACGGGGACAUGGUCCCAGUCACCAUAGGGGGCAAGAUCGUGGGAUCUCUGUGCGCCAUCGCUGGUGUGUUGACAAUUGCACUCCCAGUGCCUGUCAUUGUGUCCAACUUCAACUACUUCUACCACAGGGAGACCGAGGGAGAGGAGCAGGCCCAGCUGCUCAACGUCAGCAACCCCAACAUCCCCUCUGAAACCAACUCCAGCCGCCGUAGUUCGUCCACUGUCAGCAAGUCAGAGUACAUGGAGAUCGAUGGAGACAUAAACAAUAGCAUCGACAAUUUUAGGGAGGCAAACCUCAGAACUGGCAAUUGCACUAUAGCCAACCAAAACUGUGUAAAUAAAAGCAAGCUGCUUACAGAUGUUUAGACACUAGUUAGGAACUUUAGGAUCUCAAUGGGACUGUCAUAUGUGGAGUAGACCAUCACGUAGGAAUGCUUCAUUUAUCUCCCCAAAGCGCUCUAUGGCAUUAGGCCUACUACUACGCUCAGCUUUUCAGAAAGGACACAGAAAAAACAAAGCUGUUAGAGUAUAUGACAGGUAGAUAGAAUAUUUAAUUCUUGUGAUCCUACAAAUAUAUAGUUAUAUCGAGAAGAAAAAACAUUGAUUAUUGCGCAUAUCCACGGCUCCCUGGAGGAUGCAGAGCACACCCUGUCUCCCGAGACCACGGCGUGACGAUUCUAAUCUUAUGCAUGGAGUACAGACAACAUUUCAGCAAGUCGCACAACGCACCAGAGACGACUGCAGACAGGCGAGCAUCUGCAGCCGGAGUGGUGAGCGCCAAGAAGUUAGGAGACCCUUUCACCUCGCUGCCACCACCACCAACACCGCCGCCGCCACCACCUCCACCUCCUCCACCCUCCCCUGAAACUUUCCCUCCUCUCCUCCCGCUCCGUCCAGAGGAUCUACUACUCAGCAAAGCACCUUAUAGGAGGAAGACUGAUCUCUCUUCUUUGGAUGUAAACAGAUGGUGAUCUACUUGCUUCACGGACAUCUGCAUCGCUGCUCUUUUCCAGCAGCUGCUGUAAUUGUGUUAUCACCAAGUGAUUCAAUGCCAUACCCUUUAGAUGCAACACAGCACAAUGAUAAAGUGAGCUUCACACGAGCAUGAUUAGAGACUUUCCCCAUUUUGAUAUCGGCAUGCACGAGACAUAUCUCACGUAACAGGAAAGGAUGUUCUUUUGGAUAUCUGCCUCCAUCUCCCUCCCCUCCCCUCUCAUCGGUUUUCAUACUGAGUGCACUGGAUGAGUUUUUAAUUUGAAAUGCUAAUCAUUUAGAAGUAUAGAAAUUGAAUGUUAAACUUAAGGGAACAGUACAUAAAUGAGAUCAUAGCAUGAAAAAGUUACCUGCAUUAUGGUCUAUCAAUUAAGGUACUUUUGUAUCCUGGUAUAUUUAAUGCAUGACGUGAGUAUACAGCUUGUUGCAAUUCAGGCACUCUGCGGUGCCCUAUCAUCAGGGAAACUAAGGAAAUCAAAUUCUGGAUGUUUCUGAAUUGUGAUCAAAUAUAUCCAAACCCAUCAUGAGGAUGCAGAGUUCCUAAUUUAAAGGUAGACAAAGAAACUGAAUAAGUAUUAUCAAAAAUGCAUAUAAUCACAAUAAGCAACCAAUUACAGUAUUAGUCAAUAGUGCAGUGCAUGGACCUUCUUUGAACAAGAAAAGUUAACACAUUUUUAGUCACGCUUCCAUCUCAAUCUCUGAUUUGAGUACGUAUUGGUUUUCAAAUCCGCCGCAGAAGGAUCGCCACCAAACUUCACGUCACGUUUCAGAGAGUUAUUCAGACAUUAGUUGCUAGUGCCUUUAUCCCUUUCACCAACAGGACCAGUGAAAGUGCCUCUGUGUACAGUGGUGUUCGUGUGGAUGAGCAGAGCUGGUUUUGCCGUCUGUUUUACUCUUAAUGUUUGUUACAAUGUUAACAAUGAUGCUGGUUGAGCAAGGUUGAAAAAGCAGGUGACUGUUGUGGGAAAAUGAGGAAGAAAAAGAAAAUAAGAUGAUCCAUGCUAUCAUGCACAACCCAGUUUUCAUGCUGUUCACGCACUUAAUUAUGCCCUUAAGCAGCAACGUAUUGUACUCUGCAUGUUUACCAUUCCAAGACAAAAGGGAAUAUUCAUACGGUUUGUUUUAAACGAUGUUUAAUUAUGUUUCUCUCUUUAUUUGUGUGCACCAUGCAUCCUUUCAGGGUCUCUACCUCAGCGAGGUCAUUGCAAACUUGCUGCACAGCUGCAAGCUUCAAUGCAGGGCUUCCUAUACCAUAAUGCAAAAUGGAACCUUAAGUGUAAAAAUGCAGCCAUGCAAUAUUGAAUGUGAGAGUCCCAAAGCAUAGCCUUUACACGAGCACUUAGGACGAGUAGUGUACCGCAAUCCCGCUCCUUUCUUUUCCACUUAAAGCUGCGCACAAUCAGGACAUUCAUUGGUAGUGAGUUUUGUAGAGAUUGCGUGACUCCCCCUCCAGGGGUGAGGUUGACUGGUUUCAUGUGUUAGUGUUUCUGAAACAGUGCCGCGUUCAGGUGCUGUCGUGUCACAGGAAAACACCUGAGUGUGCUUGAACACAUCCGACAAGGUGAAUCUAGCUUUUUAAAAAAAAAAAAUGUAACCCUGCAGUUAUUGGGCAUUUGGACGCACAGCAAAGUGUAGCCCGUCUUUUGCACAAUUGUUUUAAUCUGCUGCUUGAAAUAUUUAUUUAGGAGUGAGGCUUUUUUAUUUAUUUGAGCUCGCUCGUGUGCCGCGCAUUGUUUCUCCUCAGCGUAAUGUUCCAGACGGGCAGACUGCAGAUAGAUAGGAACAAAUUUUAAUGACUACUUGAAAAUAUCCAGCUACUGCACAUCAGUCGACACUCAGUGUUAAGAUGAAUUGAUCCAAAUGAUGGGACGAUUUUGUACUGUACGCUCUCCCGCGUCUCUGUCUAGCACUCUGUCCUGCAG